UGGAGAAGAAGAUGACUGUUCCUGUAAACAUACUAUUAAUCCUAUCAGUUGUACUAGUAUUAUCUACAUUGACUGGAUCUACUAACAAUUACUACAAUGGAUCAUUCAUAGAUUGCUCUGUUACUAAGAAAUUUGCUGAACUCAAUUCAUCAGUGACUCCAUACCCACUGAAACGUGGGGUAAAAUUCGAUUGGCAAGGAUUACUAAAGAUCAAGAGAACCAUACAUUGGGGUAUACUACAUGCCACAGCGACAUACAAUUACAGGGGUUACACUAAUAUUACUUUCUUGGAUGACAAAUUCAAUUUAUGUGACUACUUUGUUGACUUAGUUAAGGAAUAUUGUCCAAUACAGCCAGGAAUAUAUCAUUUCAACACUCCUAUUAGACUGCCAAGCCUUAUUUGGCCAGGUCAGUAUUAUGGUAAAAUAACUGCUUACAAUGAGAAAGAAGAGCAGAUACUAUGUAUAAUGAAACAAGUCACUAUUGAAUAAUGACCAUAAUUAUUAU